AUGCUUGGCAGAGAAGAAAAGAGGCAAUAUAUUCGAGACGAACAAGCUGGCGAAACAGGUUAGUAUAGCAGUCCAUUUUGAAACCUUAUACACUUAAUAUUUAUAAGCUAAUUUUUACCUCGGACCGUAGUAAAACUACUGUAUGAGCAAAUGUGAGUUUUCUUUGCUAUAAUAUAAUCAAGUAAUGUGCUGUAUAGAAGGGCAAGGAGGGUUUUAGAGUAUUUAUUACAGAAGUAACAUCUCGAAUGAUUGGUGCCAGUUUUAUAGGUAGAAUCUUCGAUAAAAUGUCUGUGUGAAUGUAUAGACUACCUGUAAAAUAUAGAGAAAACUUAGACGUUUUGAGCGAAGGUUCUUCGUCGGGAAGUUAGUAUAUUUUCCAGUAGUCUAUCACAUUCACACAGAAGUUUUAUUUACAUAAGUUGUCAGUUAGCAAGGCUUCAAAGGUCUUGCUUGGAGUGUCAUUUAAAGUUUGUUUUAUUUUUUGAGAUGAGAGACAAAAAAUAUCUCCCUUUCAGACUACUUGAAAUAUGUAAUUCCCAACUUGACCAGUUAAUGUGCUUGACUUUUCCCUUGACAAAGAAAAUUGGAAAUUGUAUGGCUUGUUAUGCACUAGCCAAUAGAAUUGAAACUGCCACCCCUGGUUCUGGGAAAUAGUGGGGGUUUGCAAGCAAAUGGCAUCAAAAAUACUUUAAGCAAAUGGCAUCGAAACACCCAGGCCUUGGGAGACACUUUUGGGACUAUCUACAGUCCUCGGUGAAUGCUUGUGAGUCAAACCAUUGUAUUUUUACCUCAAAUUUUGUAUUUUGGUGACUGCUAGCUCCACGAGGAGUAAAAUUGUGAGGCGUUAGACAAAGCAAGUACUAAAGUAGGGGGCAUUGCGUGUUAAAGGGUUUUAUUAAGCCAGUUCAUUAGGCAUUGUAAAAAUGUCUGGUGUUAGGUAGGCUAAAUUGGAAAAGUAGGGAUGUUUGCCUGAUUAAAGACUAUGCAUUAUUUCUUCUAUUAUCUACCUCAACGAUGUCAGGUCUUCAGCUUUUAGACUCGAUAUCCUGCCAAGCACAAAUAGAUAUCCAGCUGUAGUUUGGUUGACAAUAUUUAACAAUUAGGGAGAAUUACAGACCAGGAAAUAGUUCUAGCCUUUUUUGGAUCCUAAGCCAGGGGAGAUAUUUCUUUGAAAACACUGUUAUCAAAUUUAGGCUGGGGGGGGGGGGCAUUUUGUUUGAAAACACUGUCAUAAAAUUUAGUUGGUUUAACAGCACUUAAAUUUUGACUCUUACAGCUGUUAGGCAUUAACUGUGCUUCACGGCCUUCACUGUUAACGAAAUCUAUUCGAUUAAUCAAUAAAUUGGUUAAAUAAUAUUAAUUAAUUCUAUAUUACUAAUGUUAGCAACUAAGGUCUUAGCAUAUCAAAUUAAAUUGUAAUAAAUGCUUAUAUAGUGUAAUAGCUUAUUACGAUUGUAGUUAUAAGUUAUAAGAGUUUAUUACUACCUAAUUUGACAUAGUUUUUUACUACCUAAUUUGACAUUUGCAAGUUGUGUGAUAAAGAAAUUUAAAUUUCAAGGAAUAUUUUUAUGUAUGCUCAAGUGAAAAAAACUUCUUUUUGACCGAUUUGUGCAUCAGGUGAUAUCACUUAUAUCAUAGUCAGCAUUUUCAGAACCAAGAAAAUUUGGGAAAUUUUUAACCUUUUUUUUAUUUUUAUGGAUAAUUAUUUUUAAAGAAAUUUCAAAACUUUCUGCCAAAGAAAAUUGAAAAUCCUUUCUAACAAUCAAAAAAUUUUCUAGGAACAUCGUUCCCAGGAUCCACCACUAUUUCCAGGUCUGGAGAAUUAAAUUAGAUUGGAGAGAAUUGGAAAAAAGUUUAAAAAUAAUUUGAUAAUUUAUUAAAUAAGCCCAAAGUUCCUUAACCACAAAAUCUAACAAUGUCUCUAGUUUUAAUGACUAAUUGAGUCGCAAUUUGCCCUAGUUAUUUUUUUACUUGUCUAAUGCCAGAUGAUUUUAUUUGUCAAUGGGGAAGCUCUGCAGCUUAAUGGGUUAAUUUAAUAAAAAAUAUGCAAUUACAGUAUAUGUAUUAACCACAUAAGUGGUGAUGUGGAGGAAGACUGUUCAACCAGUAAAUAUAGGCGCCUAAGUCGUUCGCAAACAUCUAUAGGAGAGCCCGAAAAAGGACGGGAACAAGUUUUGCCCCACGUAUGUAUCAUUUGCAAGAAAGUAAAAUACAAAGUGGAUCAGGAGAAGAAGAGAAAUGUUGAGAGACUCAAAAAAGUGGAAACACUUACAGCUGGCAAGCUUCUUGAAGCAGCUCGUCUUAAAGAAAGACAGGAUAUUCUUGUUCAUUUGGAAGGAACAGGAAGAGAUUUGCCUGCAUUGGAACCUCGGUAUCACCACAGUUGCUACAUGGAUUUGACAAGAUUUCUUUCCAAGCCAGAGAAAAAUCUUGAAGAAGUGAGUCAUCACUACAUGAAGGCAUAUGAGAAGUUUUGCGAAACUGUUGUCGUCCCACAGAUUCUGAAGGGGAAGCAUAUUUUGUUGUUGAAGUCAUUGACAGAAUCCUUUGUGAAGAUGGUAAAGGAAGUUGAAGAUAUUGAUACACAGUAUCGCUCCUCCAACCUAAAGAAGAGGUUAAGUAAUACAUAUCCUCAAUUACAGUUCACCUAUGAUACUAGAAUGGGAUAUAUUGUUUACUCAGGGGCCAUUAGUUCUGCAGAUCUAGUUAAAGAUCACGUUGGACAAAUGUCUACACAUCACAGCAGUGAAGACGAUGAACCCGACGAACCUGGUGAACAAUCACAACUCCAUAUGCACCCAUGCAACCAAGAUGACAUGCGAACAACCUAUUUUUCUUCAAAGAUAGUCAAGAAUGCAAUUCAAGAGUCAGUAUCAAAGUUCGAAUGUCCAUGGCCGCCCACUGCAGAAAACCUCAAUACUGAUUCCGCUAGGAAGCUGGUGCCACAUGAACUGUUCAACUGGAUUGCAUGGACAACUGGUAUCAGUGAAGAACCUGCUGUUGGCGAAUAUGUAAAAGUAGCCGAGAAUGAAGAAAAGAAAAUAUUGUCAAUUGCACAAGACAUCAUUUUUCUCAAGGCAAAAGGAAGAGUAAUUACCCCGAAGCAUCGAGCUCUAUCAAUGACAAUCCGGCACAUGACAGGAUCUUCGCAACUCAUCCAGAUUAUAAAUGGUUUCGGGCACAGCGCCUCGCAUAGUUCCACGUUAGAACACGAUACUGCUUUGGCCCAGCGUCAGUUAUCCCUUGGAGAACUAGCCGUUCCUAAAGGAAUUAAAGUUGGCCAGUUUACAACCCUCGUUUGGGAUAACAUUGACUUUGGUGAGGAAACGUUGUCUGGAAAAGGCACCACUCACAGUACAAAUGGUAUCAUUAUCCAACGGGUUGACAAGAGUGGCACUGAAAUGCAAGAAUAUGCGCCAACACUGUCAGUCAAGAAAACCAAACAGAGGUCAAUCAAAGUUCCGUCAGUAAGAUUAGAGCCAUACUUUGGAACAUCGCGAGAUAAAGACGGGCCUGCUUGCAUCGGUGAAGGUUUCGAUAUGAAAGGGGAUACCCAUUCUGCUGCUCAAGUAAAACCCCGAAAUCUUGACCAAGCUUUCGUGAUGACAAGAAUGCCAACAACAGACGACACAGGUGCAGGAAUUCCUAGUUGGACAGGUUUCAACACAUCACUUCAAUCAAAAAUCCUUGCAUUAUCCACAGUUGGGUAUCUUCCUGCCAUUGACGCAAGUCCAACCGAGAUGGAAACUGUGAAAACCAUCCUAACUCGCAGCAUAAAGUAUGCAGAUGUUCUCCAUUUGGGAGUUGUCGUGCUUGUGUUUGAUGAAGCUAUCUAUGCUAAAGCCCAGAAGAUAAUAUGGGAAGAUGAUACUGAAGAUUGGAAGAAACGACUUGUUGUAAGGCUUGGUGGUUUCCAUACAAAGAUGUCGUACUUAGCGUGCAUUGGGAUACGUUACAAAGAUGCUGGCUUGGCUGAUAUAAUUAUAGAAUCAGGAUUGGUGGCGAGUGGAUCAGUGAAAGGAGUGAUGAACGGGCCCCAUUACAACCGAGCCUUUCGAACGCAUAAGAUCGUGAGUGAAGCAAUGCAGCGUUUGAGAUUUCAACAGUUUCUUGACAGUCUUUCGGAAGAAGAUUCGCAAGCUAUUUCUAAUAUAAUUACAAAAUUACAAGCUGCAUACCCAUCAUCAGAGUAUGGCAAAAUCGUUGAGGGUCACGAGUUUAUAAAGGUGAUGUCGAUGUAUGAUGAUUUUAUUAGCGCCGAAAGUCUAAUGAACAGUAAUUUCGCAUUUUGGUCGUCGUAUAUUGAAAUGGUUCAACUGCUUUUGUUGUUCACAAGAGCAACGCGCGAAGGAAACUGGCAGUUACACCUGUCUGCUGUACGAAGCAUGCUUCCUUGGUACUUUGCAUAUAAUAGGACAAAUUAUUGUCGAUAUUUGUCUGCAUACUAUGUUGAAAUGCUUGAUCUUCCAAAAACCCAUCCCGAUGUGCAUGAAAGUUUUUUGGAGGGGGAAUUUUGCGUACAAAGACAAGAGACUCAUGGUUUUGCCCAAGUCGAAUGUGACAUUACCAUCGAGCAAACCUUUAACCGUGAUUCCAAGACUAAAGGUGGUUUAACUGGAUUUACCCAAAACAAAGCAGCCGUACACCGAUGGAUUCUGUCUCAACCAGCUAGAGCAUUUAUAACAAAGGAGUGCAAAUCAAUGGCUGGCCAAAACCAAGAGGCUCGGAUUAGAAGAGAACUUGAUAAGUCAAGAAUAACUCGAGAUGAACAAGAUGUGCAGAAUGUAUUAUCUACAAUUACCAGCAUGGUAAAUCCGUUCAUUGGUGAUGAAUCAUCGCUACUUCAGCUAUCUUCCGGCGUUGUUGCGGAACAGGCCGUUGCUUCCGAUCUUUUGAAUGCAAAAGAUGAAGGUGAAAAGCUUUUUCUGCAAUUUGUCUCGACCAGAGUGCAGAGUAAUUCUGUGAAGUUUUCUGAGACACUUAAAAAACGAAAUGUUCUCACCUUUGGCACAGUUCGAAAGAAGAAGGUAACUAAGGCGGCUGGGCGCGAAAUCACUAUGAAAGCAGGCAAUAAGCUUUUUGCUCGACUUCUUUUGGUGGGAAAUGUACGUAAGAUUCAGCUGAGAGAGAUGUUGAAAUACAACUUAGGGCCAGUUCCACUAGCAAUAUCAAGUCUUCAAGGGACGCUGGUAAAGACCAACAAGGCAACUCUUCUUCAUUACAUCGAAGGAGCGGUAGAAAAUCCUUUGGUUGACGUUGUUCCUGAAGGUAGCGUGUGGGUUGUUGAUGGAAUGGUGAUGUUUCAGCAGCUUCGGAACCGAGAUAUACCAGAGAAAUUUGGAGAUUUUGCUAUUUUUCUUCUGACCCGAAUAAUUCGUCUAGCUAAACAACAUCAUAGCAAUGAGAUACAUUUUGUGACCGAUCGUUAUCCUGAAAUGAGCAUUAAAAAUGCUGAACGAGGUAAAAGAGCAGCUACUGGAAGUGAAAGAAUAAACAUCUACGGAAGAGGACAGCCUGUUCCUAAGCAGUGGCGCAAGUAUCUAGCAGACAGCAAGAACAAAGAAUUCCUGGUCGAAUUUUUGUUUGAAGAAUGGUCAAAGUGUCCUGUUGCAUUGUACAAAGGGGUAACAUUAUUUGUGGCUCACGGAGAAACAUGUCAUGCUUUACACGGCGAAGGUAAUGAAAUUGAUAUGGUUCCUAUACCAAGUUUACGAUGCGACCAUGAAGAAGCAGAUACAAGGAUGCUUUUACAUGCCCACUAUGCUGCAAGACAUUCGGCAGUUGUUGUCAUUAAGAGUGUAGACACAGAUGUUUUUAUUAUUAGUCUUGGUAUGAGCAAGCAAUUUUCCUCUCGACCGCUGUUUCACACCGGAACAGGGACAAAAGUGCGAACCAUUGAUUUGCAAGCUAUUCGCAGUCAGAUUGGUGACGAUAUCACACAUGCAUUAAUUGGUUUGCAUGCAAUUACUGGAUGUGACUCGGUCAGUGGUUUUUAUGGUAAAGGAAAGGUAAAGGCUGCCAAGUUGCUCUUUAAAGAACAGGCUUACCAGCAAUCAUUAGGAGAACUUGGCAUGCAACACGAGGUGUCUGAGGAUCUAUGUGCGAGGUUGGAUUCUUUUGUGUGCCAUCUGUACGGUCAAAGCGCAUGUGCCGAUGUGAAUGACGCAAGGUUCGUAUUCGUAUAAUUAUAGUUUGUAGAAUUUGUGUAUAAUGUAAAUGUAUGUUAUGUGUAUAUUUUGAUAAGAUUAUCAUUAUUAUCAUUAUUAUUAUUAUUAAAGGUUUAACUUAUUCCGCCUGGAAAAGCAUUCUGAAGAAUUGUUGCCCCCGACAAACGACUCGCUUGGGAAGCAUAUUUUACGUGUGAACUACCAGGCUGCUGUAUGGAGACGAAGCUUAGAACAAGCGCAGGAUUUACCAGGACUAGUUGGAAAUGGUUGGCAGCUAUCAGAUGAUGGUGCUCUGGAAAUCCACUGGUGUGAUUUACCUUGUGCUCCGGAGAGUGUCCUGAUGACAGUUCAAUGUUCAUGCAAAACUGGUGGAUGUGGAUCGGGUACAGGUAUGAGUGCAAUUGAAAAGUUUGAUUGAUUAGCAUCGCCUGAGCAAUGUUUUAGUCGGAAUUUUAGCUCAGCUACCUUUAGUAUACCGCACAUUUUCGGUGACGAUUAAUGUGUUCUAUACUUUAUCUAUCGUGAUAACUUAAUGCUUCAAAAUUCCCGGUACCAAAAUGAGAACGGAAGUGAAGAAUUCGAUAUCGGUAUUGGUAUCGGAAGUCGAACUUAAACUCUCUAAUUUUUAACUACAGGAAGACGAAGCAGCGCUGCAUGUGGAUGCAUGAAAGACAACUUGCCAUGCACAACGAUGUGUCAAUGCCAAGGUUGCACAAACAACCAAGAACAAGAUCUACCUGAAGACGAAAUCGACGACAGUGGCUCAGAACAAGAGGACGAUGAAUUGAUGAUGGACGACGAGUAA